AUGCUCGCUGUCCUGUCCAUAAUUGCCGGAGCAGUUGCAUCUAAUAUCACUGCUCUUCUGACCCAUCUUUCCUCGUCCAGCGAAGUGUUCUAUCCCAACGAUGCCGACUGGGGCGAUAUCAUCCAGCGAUGGACCGCCUGGGAUGAGCCCACUUUCUCACUGGCUAUCAAGCCCGGCUCAGUCGCCGAUUUGCAGACGGUUGUCAAAUAUGCCACCAGUCAGAAUUUACCAUUCCUGGCCAGCGGAGGUGGCCAUGGAUAUAGCACCUCAUUUGGGGCUCUUCAGCAGGGGCUUCAAAUUGAUAUGGGAUCGUUCGACAGCAUCCAAAUCAAUGCUGAGAAGAGCACGAUGACCAUCGGUGGUUCCGUUAAAUUCUCACAAAUUAUGGAGCCCCUUUUCAAUGCUGGAAAGGAAAUUCAAACCGGAUCCUGCCCCUGCGUGGGCAUGGUAGGGGCAACUCUCGGUGGCGGAGUAGGGCGCUAUCAGGGCCUGCACGGUCUGAUCAUCGACGCGCUGGAGUCCGUGGAACUUGUCACUGUGAAGGGCGAUCUCAUCACUGUGUCGGCUACAGAGAACGCAGACCUAUUCUGGGGCCUGCGCGGCGCCGGCUUCAACUACGGCAUUGUCACCUCGGCCACAUAUAAGGUGUAUGAUCUCACCAACAAGGGCAACGUACUCAAUGCCGACUUCAUGUUCCCUGCCGAGCUUAACGAGACCUACUUCAAGAUUCUGGCUAGCUAUGACACCCUCCCAGCGGCGUUGUCAUUGUAUACCUUGGUGAUGAACGAUGCUGCCGCAGGACCGGUGAUUCUCCUGAACGCCGUGUACCCUGGUCCCGAGCAAGAGGGUCUCGAUCUCCUGGCCCCGUUCCUCAACCUCACCUAUCUCGAGCGCAACAUCUCCAUGAUUACCUGGGAUGCGGUCGACGCCGACGCCGGUUUUGGUCUUGCCACGGCCUUCUGCGUCAACGGCGAGAAACAUGACAUGUGGUCCCUCGGUGUCCGCACCAUCGACGCAGCCACCCACAUCACCUACUUUAACCAACUCGCACAAUUCUGGUCGGAUUACCCGGCCGCGUCCGGCAGCACUUGGCAGGUGGAAUAUUUUCCUGUCCAAGCUGUGACGGCCGUGGCCGAUGCAUCGACUGCCUAUCCCCAUCGAGAAAUCCGUGCUCAUGAAAUGUUCUCCUUCAACCUCACCGAUUCUUCCAUCGGAACAUCUGUCGACGACUUUGCCCUUGCAGCCCUGGAGACCUUCAACGCGACCAGUGGGUUCGACGAUCUUCAUAUCUACGUCAGCUAUGCCCACGGAACAGAGGGACUGGACCCUAUGUAUGGAUCCGAGAAACUGUCGCGCUUGUUGGCGCUGAAGAAACAGUGGGAUCCCCAGGGCUUCUUCAGCUACAACAACGGGUUGCCGCACUGA